UCGGAACAGAGCACAGAAGAACAUGCGAAGACACGAGUCUUCACUUCAUGAGCAAUUCGUUGCUUCAUUUGCUCUACCACUACCACCCAUCUCAGCCACCGGCGGCGACCUCAGAUGGGCACCCGGGCGCGCCGCGCCACCCAUCACCGCGCUCACCUCCGCCUCCGCCACCGCCACCUUCUCCUCCUCCUCCCGCUGCUGCUCCUCCUCCUCCUCCCGCCCCUCUCGGCGCUCCUCCUCCGCCGCGCCAACUCCCUGGGCCGCCGGUGCCUGCCCCCCGCCGCCGGGCGCCGCCCCCUCGCCGGGCAGCGGCUCAGCUUCUCCAUCGUCACGCUCUCUGACGAGGGCCUGUCGGGCCGAGGGGUGCGGGGGCGGUCUUUCCGCGGCGUGCUGGCGGCCACCGCGCGGAACAAGCGCGCCUACGCGGCCGCGCACGGGUACGGCCUCGCCGCGCUGCCCCACGGCGCGGUCGACCCCCGCCGCCCGCCCGCCUGGAGCAAGGUCCUCGCCCUCCGCGCCCGCCUGCGCCGCCACCACUGGCUCUUCUGGAACGACGCGGACACGCUGGUUACCAACCCCGACAUCGCGUUGGAGGAGAUUUUGUUCUCGGUGAUUGGGCAUAGUGAUUUCGAUGCAUCGCCUGAUCUCAUUCUGACAGAGGAUAUCAACGGGGUGAAUGCUGGACUGUUCUUCAUAAGGAGGUCGAAAUGGAGUGAGAGAUUUUUGGAUACAUGGUGGAACCAUACAUCAUUUGUACAAUUUGGUUCCACAAAAAGUGGGGAUAAUGCAGCACUGAAGCAUAUUGUGGAUCACUUGUCACCUGAAGAAACACAAGCACACGUCCGUAUAGCAAAGAUGCAGUGCCUUUUCAACUCAUAUCCCUGGGUUGCUACGUGGAAAUCAGUUCACCGCCUGAUCUUCCACCCGUCCACUACAUGGAAAGGGGCUUAUUCAGAUGGAGAUUUCAUGGUCCAUUUUGCUGGCCUAAAUGACAAGCGAGGCUGGACAUCAAGAAUUCUUAGAGAGAUGACUCACUGAUGAGGAUAAUUACCCCACUUUAAGCUGACUGAGAACGAUCGAGAAGUUUAUGUGAAGAGCAAGAGCCUGAUUGUUUUUGCAUCAUAUUCUGUUGUAGACUGCCAUUUUAGUUGGACAGCAUGUUCCGUUUCUGAUCAUCUGUUAUUAAAAGGUUGUCUCCCCCUAACUACUUCUGCAAACCUCUCAUCCAGCCAUGUCACAAAAAUACUCGACAUUCAUUUCUGGACAGCUCUUAUGCACAGGUGUUUGAUUCAGAAGCACAUCACAGUCAUCUGCCUCCAUUAAUACCUCGCCAAUAUCCACCGAUCUCUCACAUCCAACAGAUCAACAUCACAACACGACAUCAACCCACCAAGGCUUCUCUGCCAUCACCGGGGAAUGUGGAGCUGCUGCUGCUCUACGACUUACUAUGUGGUUAGUGUAAAAAGUGGCAGCAUUGGACCUUGGCAUGCCACUGACAUUCUUGAGAGGCACCUGUUGUCGUCCACUUGUGUCUGUUUGCGAAUCUGCAGGUUUGGCAGUAGAAGAGAUGUAGAUCACAUCCUGAGAACCCUCACUGCAGCCUGGGCAGGCAAUGCAAAGUCUGUGAGUUAAAUGUCACUAAUUAAACUCCACAUCCAUCUGACCUCUAUAUGAGUGUUUUUGCCACCAUCUAACUCCCUCCCCUCAUUCAUCUCCCUUUGAUUUUCAGUUGCAAUCCCCACCCGUACAUCUACUCGUGCAGUUAAUUUCACAACAGGGCAAAAUAUCCGAAUCGGUUGGUUACUUGUAUUAGCAGCACACCUAAUCCUGACAGUACGUGAUUUCAAAAAUCAUCUUUUACCGCCUGUUGUGUAUAUCUGAAUGUCUAUUGUACUGCUCUGAGAGAUUUAUUUAUCCAGCGAUAAAAGUGUGGUGCCAGUGCCGCACGGUUACGGACCAUGCUAGUAUCUUGCUUGUGCUUGCAUCCAUUACAUUGCUGCCAUCAUCCCAUGAAAAUUCUCAUAUUAGUGUACUAUUUUCACAAGUUUCUGUUGUCUAAUCUCCCUUUAAAUUUGCUUCGGUCCUUCUGGAUUCGUUAAAUUGCGCGACUGAAACGCAAAAUGUCAGUGCUUCUCCGUGGGGGCCUCUGAACUAGACUCGAUUUUCACAUGGUGUUGAAGCUACAUCCAUCCCCACCCACCUGGAGAACGGCCCCUGGCUUGGUGCGGUCGGAUCUGGCGAGCUGGCCGGAUCUGGCGCCCUGGUGGCUGGGGGUCAGGAGGCGGCUCGGCCGGCAACAAGGUCGGCGUUGCUGCUAACCAUAAACCGUGCGGGAGAAGCGUGGGAGAUGAAUGGCACCCUUGCUCGGUGUUGCAUCCUCCUGAAUCCUGAUGGUGGUUUGGAAAGCUCGAUGCUGCUGCGGGUGGGAGAACGAGAUGGUGGUGGCUGGAGGGAGAGGAAUGGCGUCGUUGUGGUUGUUGCAUCCUUCGUCGGGAGAUGAAUGGCCCAUAGACGUUGCAUCCUCGAGGAGACGAAUGGCGUCCUGCUUGGUUGCAUCCUUCUGAUGGGAGAAGAAUGGCGCCGUUGUGGGAGUUGCAUCCUCCGUCCAGUGGGGACGUAGAUGCAAGGUUGGAAGCACGUCAUGCUUGCCAGGGAGGUGCGGUUGGUCGUGGAGGCAGGGGUAGUGGUUUGGUGUGUAGGCUGAUUGGAUCCUGGGCUCGAGCUGUGUAGGUGAGACGGCCGGCGAAAUCCGGUUGUGGCCGGAGUCGUCGAUGGCGGCGCUUUCUGGCGUCGCUCCCUCGUUGGAGGCAUCGAUGUAGCUGCUUCCACCUUGCCUUUCCUGUCGUGCUCCAGGGGGAAACCCUUGAUCAAGUGUAGAUCGGACGAUGGCGGCGCUAUCUGGCGUCGUGUUUCCUCUUGGGGGCAUCGUCUUGGAGGUGGAUCCGGCCAGAAGGACCCGUGGCUCGUGAAGAUGUGUGUGUUGUAUGCCGAACGACGCUGUUUGUAUGGUUUUUGGGUCAAGUUUCCCUCGUAAACUGGACCAACAUUCUUCCCCUGAUCAAUGAAUUUGGUAGCAACUAAAAAAAUCCCCACCCACCACCCACCACCCAAUGCGACUCUUUCUUGCUCCUCUUUUCAGUUUAUCUCGCUUGCUUUUUCCCCAGGAUCUGAAACCAGAACCAAAUUUAGUGGUGACUAGCUUUCAGCUUUUGAUCCCUGAGCGCACGCAUAUGUGGCUGGUGAAAGGAGUGGAGGAGAUGAGAAUGAGAAAGUAUUCCCGGUGCUCACUGAUUGCCGCCGUACGUCGAAUGGAACCGGAGAAAGGAGUGGCUGGAGAUCACGGGCGCAUACACCGUCCAUGCCGUCGGAAUCGCAUUCCCCUCCCACUCGCCUCCUCUUUAUAUCGCGUCCCUCACAACUUCUUCUCCGCCCCAACACACACACACACACACACACACACACACACACACACACACACAAGGGCCUUCCUCGUGAAGCAGAGCUCGAUCGGCUCCGAGAACCUCGCACAAGUCCCAGGCCAUGAUCAGAGACAUAUCUUCCCGUACAUCGUGGGCGAGGAUGAAGAAGAACAUGACGAUGAGCUUCCCGACGAGGAGCCGGCGUUUUUGCCGGUUGAACGACCUCACCAUGUCGACCGCCUCUCCUCGACAAGUGCCAGGGAGAUCUGCUCGUGCCAUGAUGAGGUCGUUCAACCAGCAAAACAACGGCGGUCGUCGUCGGCGGCAGGCCCCGUGGCGCCCAAGCCCUCACGGGACACUGAGGCGCAGGACCUGCAAGGUGGUAGGAGGUGGACACCUUUAGGCACUCGUCAGUGACCAUCAUGUUCUUUAGAACUGGGUCUCACCCCAUUAGCUAGGCCUGCAAGGAGUGCAGUUAGCCCACCCGCGUCCGGCCAGCCGGCGUCAGCGGUGGCGACCACAGAGUCGGCAAAGCGCGCCUCGCCGUUCACCUCGAGGGCGUCGUGGAAUGGACGGUACCUCUCCAUGGCGUCGUGUGGGCCUGCGGCAUAGCAGUUGGUUCUGCACAUGAAGUAGUGAGUAUACGGAAGACGAAAACAGCCUCCGAGAUGAUACCCAUGGUUUGCUCUAGCUCGAGCCUAUUAGUUUUUCUAUGAUUUGUUUGUGUGUCGUCUGAUUGUGCCAAUGUGUUCUCGUUUACGAGCCUGCAAUGAUCUACCUAUAUUAGGAACUUAUUGUUCCACGAACUGUAGGAUUAUUUGCCAACUGAAACUGGAACUUGAACGGUUCA